AUGUUGUUUUCUACUGCUUUCAUCGCCAUUGCCACCGCCGUCGCCGCCUCACCCGCGUGCGUGCCUCCCCCCGGUGUGCUCCCCAAUGAUAUCGCAGAGGGCUUCACGAUCCAGGUCCAGAAUGCGUCCUUCCCCGAGAUACACAACCUCUUGUUGAACCAAAAGGAGGGGGGCGGCGGCGACCAGCACCUGUCUCUGGGCCCGGAUGGUGCGCCUGCAACCGGUUUGACGCUCGUCGAAGGCGUCAUCACGCAGCUGAAAGAUGGCAAGACGAUUCGGGCCGUCAUCAACGGCCAAUAUACCCCAUUUGACAACACGACCAAGAUGUUCAUGACGGAGCGCGGUGACCCGCGUGCCGUGUAUGAUGUUGUGCGCCGCUGCAAUCCGGAAACGCACAAGCUCCAGGAGGAGCUGGCGUUUAAGAGUCUGGCGGACGUGACGGGCGGGCAUAUAUGCGUGAGGCGUGCGUCCGAGAAGAGGUGGGAUGUACGCUACUCGCCUCCUGGAAAUACUGCCGUUGAUAAUCCGGACAAGCUAUGCAUCAAGGUGACGUUGGUGGUGCGCCGUAAUGAAGGCCAGUCGGUUCCGAAUCUGCCGCCGGAUGCCGAAAGUGCAUCGUGCUAG